GGUUCCAUUGUGUGGGGGGAAUGGUAGUAUGCUUGUCAGAUUGUUGUCAACUGGACACAAGCUACAGUUAUUUGGGAAGAGGAACUCUAAAUUGAGAAAAUGCCUCCCUGAGGUUUGCCUGUAGUAUCUUUCAAAAAAAAAAAAAACAGUAUAUGACAGAGAGACUUAAAGUUGCUGCUGCUUUUUGUGAAGAUGGUGUAGCUGUUCCUCUGAUAAACGUCUGGUCUGAGUAGUUUCAAAAAUAGCUCUAGAGGUUAAAUAAAUGAAGCUGGACACAGUUCAUCCAUGAAGCAUCAUAGCCUGUCCCGAUGUUUGGGGAUAGCUGCUACAGAGAGAAAUUGACCACUUUUGAUUAGGUAACUAGUCACAAUGAAGAAAAUUAGUCUGAAAACCUUCCGGAAAUCUUUCAACCUGAGUAAAAGCAAAGACGAAACCGAGUUCAUGGUGGUUCAGCCACAGUCCCUUGCUGGCGACUUUGUGAAAGAUGACUCCUUAUUCGGGAGCUGCUAUGGCAAGGACAUGGCUAGCUGCGACAUUGGCAGUGAGGAGGAGAAAGGGAAGAACAGGUCCAAAAGUGAGAGCCUGAUGGGCACCUUGAAGAGGCGGUUGUCUGCUGAGCCACGCCCUGAGUCCCGAUGCAGCCCCGGUUCGCCCGGGGACCUGCGCCUCCAUCUGGAGGAACAUGUGCCUGUAGUUAUCGGACUCAUGUCUCAGGACUACCUUCAGUACACCGUGCCUUUAGACGAUGGCAUGUGCCCUCUGGAAGGGCCGCGCAGCUGCUGCCUGGACACGUCCUCACCCAUGGAGGUGUCGGCCAUGCCCCUGCCUGGGGCGAGCGCCUUCUCCGAAGACGACAGUCAAGUGGACCAGGACCUGGUUGUAGCCCCAGAGAUUCUUGUGGAUUCUUCGGUGAACAACUUGCUGAUUGGCACCACAGGAGUCAUGUUGCAGAGCCCUAGAGCAGGUCAUGACGAUGCCCCUCCCCUCUCACCGUUGCUACCUCCAAUGCAGAAUAACCCAAUCCAAAGGAACUUUAGCGGCCUCUCAGGCCCGGACAUGCACAUGGCUGAAAGCGUGCGCUGUCAUUUGAAUUUUGAUCCCAACUCUGCACCUGGGGUUGCAAGAGUUUAUGACUCAGUGCAGAGUAGUGGCCCCAUGGUUGUGACAAGUCUUACGGAGGAGCUGAAGAAGCUUGCAAAACAGGGGUGGUACUGGGGCCCCAUCACACGCUGGGAGGCAGAGGGGAAGCUGGCUAACGUGCCAGAUGGUUCUUUUCUUGUUCGGGAUAGUUCUGAUGACCGUUACCUUUUAAGCCUGAGCUUUCGCUCCCAUGGCAAAACACUUCACACUAGAAUUGAGCACUCGAAUGGUAGGUUCAGCUUUUACGAACAGCCAGAUGUAGAAGGGCAUACAUCUAUAGUUGACUUAAUCGAGCAUUCAAUCAGGGACUCUGAAAAUGGAGCAUUUUGUUAUUCAAGGUCUCGGUUGCCGGGAUCUGCGACUUACCCGGUCAGACUGACCAAUCCAGUGUCACGGUUCAUGCAGGUGCGCUCUCUGCAGUACCUGUGUCGCUUUGUUAUACGUCAGUACACCAGAAUAGACUUAAUUCAGAAACUGCCUUUGCCAAACAAAAUGAAGGAUUAUUUGCAGGAGAAGCACUACUGAGAGAUUGGGAGCCCUGCUUCUUGCACUUUGGGGUUCAGAUACAAGACUGGAGUACAGUUUACAGACUUACAUCGCCAUUGAAGUCUUUGCUGCCAUAACUAUUUUAGUUUUUAAUGUGUGAAAGGGUCAUCAGUUUGUUCGGGGUGGGGAAGUGUCUGCAAGGUGUCUUGAGUUUAUUUUGAUUCUUUGGAAAGGGAUAUCUUGAGGAUCUAGAAGUGUGAGUUAUCUUUCUUUAAUGUGCAGAAUAAUCACAAUGUGAAUGACCAGAUUCUCCGUAACGCCCCCUCCCAGUCCUUUGCUGCUAUCCACUGUGAUUCUUAUGCAUUAAAGCACAUUUCCUGUGUAUUCAACCCUAAGUAAAGUUGAAUGAAACAUAAAGAACAAAAAUUGCUAUGAUGUUAAAUGGUCCAAUUGAAUAAACACAUGGGAUAAAUAUUACAUAUACACUGAAAAAUGAUUUGUUUUCAGUCUCACACUUUAAGAAAAGAGUUAUUCAGGAUUAUGAAUCGACAAAAUCUUGGUUAAUGGAAUGCAAAUAUAUCUUGUAUAACACUUUUCUAAAUUAUUUUUUUAAGGAUGUGAUAAUUGUUUUGGUUGUGAGAAGUUGAAUUUUUCCGUUGCCUUCAUUUCAUCUUGUGGUUUGUCUCCUUUGAUAAAUGGCCUUACAUUAAAAUUGUAAACAAAUAUAUACACAAUUUAGAAAUUGUUGCCUUUUCUGUCAUUAAACUCUGGUAUAAAUUGGCAUAAUUUAAAGCCCUGUAAAGCCCAAACCAUUGUUAGAACAGUGAGAUAACCCUGGUUUCUUAUAUGCAGUGUAUGUGUGUGUGUGUGAGAGAGAGUAUGACAGAGAGAUUGUUUCAGUUAAAUGUUUUAUCUAUGAUUUCUUUAGUCAAUACUUUCUUCCAUAAACUUGACAAAACAAGUUUCAUAAAUGAGUUGUAUUUUCUUACAUUAAAGUUUAUAUAAAGUUGUAAAUUGAUUUGAAUAGAGAAAUUAUUUUAAAGGUGACUUAUCUUUCUUCUGUGUAGUCAUUACAAUGUGCUGGGUUUGACCAUCCUGCCCCCAAAACAACAACCUGAAUGAUAUCGGUUAAGUAAUUGGAAAUUGUGAUACAUUGUGUGAGGAAAACUGUAGAACCAUAUCAGAUACGCAGGAAUAGUUUCUUGCUGUGACUGCCCUUUGAAGGUUGCUUUUUGGUUUAUGCUAAUUUUGCUAAUUCUUAAGUAACUUGGCAUCUCUAGUUUUUUAUCUGUGUUAGAGAAUGAUGUGCCAGGUUUUAAGACUUUUUUUGAAUGUAGACUAAGUUCAGAGUUCUGCAAUGGAGUUAUUAAAAUUAUUAAGUGAUAGUAUUUAAAGAUUGCCCCAUUCAGAAAAUGUUUCCAGCUACAGAUGCUUAAAAUAAAAUCACAAGGGUAAAGGUCUUAGGUCAAACUUUCUGGCUUUGUCAUUCAAGCAGAUCUUUAUCUUUACAUUUUUCUCUAUUUUUCUAGGAUUAGAAUUGAGAUAUUGCAAGAAAAGGCACAGUGCCAUUGUGUUAUGAUAUUAAUGGCAUCUUGACUUAUAAGGAGCAAGGUACUUACUUUUGAUGGAAUGUUGGUUGGACCUUGUUACAAAGAAUUUCAUUUUCUGAUGUGUUUUGUCUAAUAUGAUGGAAUAUGGAGUAUACUGUAGUAAUACAAGCAUUCAUUAUAAGCUGUUGGAGUAAGAACUAUUGCAGAGUUGUAAGCUUGUUAUCAAAUUAAUGCCAGACACUUAACUAUUUUUUUGCAAAACUAUUUAUUUUUAAACAACUGAAGAUAUAUCUAGGGUGAGUUGAAAGUCCCUGCAUCUAUGUUAGAUGGCAGGUCAAGUUGUCACAUAGUUACCAUAUUGAUGGUGAACGCCAAGAUGGCUUCAUGUCUUAGAAAUAUACAUAUGUCCUUGAGUUCAUGGCUCAUAAAAGUCUCUAUACUGUCCCCAACAUGUCUUACAUGAACAUAGCUUGUUUCCUACUCUUUCUCAUGGUGCCCUGUGUUUAGGAACUACCCAUUAAAUGUCAAGAUUAUUCUGAUUUUUGUUUAAAUCUUUCUAAUAAUCAAUUUUGUAGGGCAAAUCUUUAUUACAAAAAAAAAACACCUUUUGAUGAACUGUGUUUUCAUACUUAAUAUGACCUGUCCUAAUUCACUUUGAAAUCUUCAGAUUCUGAUACUUUACGAAUAAAAAUCCGCAUUUAUUGAGAAAUCAGAUUCACAGAAAGUUGUAUUGUCAGUGUUUUUGUGGUUUUUGUAGCCAAGAUAUCCAUUUGGCAGAAGUGGGAAACAGUGGAAAAUACUGGCUUUUUAGGUCGCUAUUAAAAAUGUAAAGAAAAAGAGUAAGUCUUUGUCUUGUAUCUUGGCUUAGAUAGAAGUCGUUUAGCUUUCUGGGUUUCUUUGAACUUAGACAAUACAAACAUUUAAGCCCUUCUUAAACUGCACAUUUAGAAUUCCUAGGCAAGAAAAUAGGAACCAGGAAAGCUGCAUCCAAUUGUGACAAGUUAAUCAGUUUUUUUGCUCAAGUAUUUCACCACCAAACAUGCUGGAGACUGGAGGUUACUUUGGAGCUUCCUAAGACACUUAACACAUUUUUAUAAAUAUGAGAGCUACGGAAAGUACUUGAAAAGUAUCUUGUUUUCUCUGAGGAAGACUGUUUUCUUUCUAUAUGGUGCAAUAAUCUAAAACUUUUAGGUCAUAUCACAGUAACCAUGGAACAAGCUACAUAGGGCAACCAUCUUGCUGUUGAAUAAAACCAUGUGCCAAAAAGGCUAACUCAUUGGCAUUAAGGAGAGAUAAAGUAGUUUCUGAGCCAGUGUUACUGAAACAGGACGAAAGUUAUUGAAAUCUUACAGGUUUAUGCAGUUUACUUCCCAGUGCUAAGUAUCUCUAACUGCUUUCAGGAAUGCCAACUUUACAUUUCACGUUAUAUAUGAAAGAAAUUCUUAUUAUUCAAAAUAAUAUAUUUUGAUUUAAAUCAGAAUUUCUUUCAGUGAAUGUGAAGUAUUAAUUAGAAUGAAACGACACUACCAGCAAUAGACAGUUUUGUUGAAUAUUCUUUAAUGAAGAACAAUAGCCAGUUCCACAAAUAACUUUAAAAUUCUAAAGGUAUUGGUACGUUAAUAAUAAAAAAUUUGGUUUCUUUUAAUACUUUUUUAAUCCUGUAAAGUUUUUAUAACACCAUUUUUAUUGAUCAGUCAUAAUAUACAAGGCAAAAUGUACUUUUUUUUUUUAAAGCGACCCAAAAUCUCCAACCAGAGAGGUUGUGGAGGUCUUAGAAUUUCCUAACAAUAUGUAUUCAUGUUGGGGUAAAGGAGUAUCAUAGUUGGUAUGCUAUGAAAUUAACACCUGCAAUCCAGAUUGCUGUAGUUUACACUUUGUAAGUUCCAAAUCAGGUGUGUACUGUUUGUACUGAGAACACCACAGAAUGAACUAUCCAAAGUCUAUUGAUUUAAUAAGUGUUUUGGUUUGUAAGCAAAUUAUAGUAACUUCUUGCACAUUUUUUGGAAAUCAAUUGUAUAAAAAUUUAUGUAUCUGCUUCUAGAUACAGUGUGUAAAUAAAAGUUUCAUUCACAACA